UCUCUCACUUUUUCCUAUAUUUACUUACAUAUAUAUGUUACGAACCCAUAUUUAAUUUCAAACAGUGAACCACCCUAAUGCAUGCAAUGGCCACAAAGAGUUAAAGCGCACAGGCCGAUAAAGUGCAGUUAUUGCAGCGCGCAAAAGUCUCCAAAAGCGCGCACACACCGAAAGAUGAAUGGAGAGGGCACAAUAAUGAUAAUGCACAUGGCAGAGCGAAUGGCGAACUCAUUUUCGACACAGCGAUGGCGACAUUCAGAAGUGAAUUCAACAGCGUGCCGAACACUUACAACCAGCGCCUGACGGCAUUGAAGAAAAAACUGACCACGUGUUUUCAGCAGUGGCGCCAGCAGCUGCUUAAACUUCACCAACAGCAGCAGCCCAAGCAACAGCAACAGCAACCCCAACACCAACACCAACAGCAGAAACAACGUGGCAGUGAACAGUUCUACAACAUUUUUGUGCGCGCGGACUGCUCUAUUUUGAGCGAAAAAGUUAGCUAUUUGCGCAAGUUCAAGAGGAUUUUCACAACACGCCAGAAUUUGGCGAGUGCUCGGACAACAGCAACAGCGGCAUCAGCAAAACAGCCAGUGCUUGGCAGGUGCAUUAGCCAGGAGGAGCAGCAGCUGCAUAUAGUGGCAAGACUCUUCUCAUCAACAUUGAUAUCGAAACACAGCUCCAGUGCAAGUAUCACCAGCUCCAGCAUGACCAUCAUGGACAACACCUAUAUUGGGGUGCGCGACGAGUACCCCGAUAUUGAUACUGAAAUACGCUCCAUACUGCUGGCUAAUGCCCAGAAUGGUAUCACGAUAUCGAGCAUCAAAAAGGAAUAUCGACAAUUGACGGGCACGGCAUUUCCGCUGCACGACAACAUCACGGACUUUCUGCUUACCAUACCGCAUGUCACGGCAGAGUGCUGUGAGUCUGGGAAGCGCAUCUUCAACAUCAAGCCCACCGAGCAUACUCGCCAUCUGCACGAGAUGAUCCUGCAGCAGCGACAACGCGACAGUGUGAGCAACCCAAUCCAAGCACAGGAGCCGCCACGUUUGUGGCGCGCCCAGUACAAGCGGCGCAUCCCUCAACACUUCAACUUUAAUCUAAAUGCAAGUGAGAAGCCUCCAGCCGUCAAGUUGGCCAAACUGCAGCCCCUGGCCACGGCUGCACUGCUGCCCAACGAUGUCUAUCAGGACAACUGGAAGCAUCUCAACAAUCAGUAUCAGCUCCCACAGCUCAGUGCUCCCAAGAACAACAUCUACUCCAUCGCUUCGAAUCCUGCACAGUUACAAGCAGCACUGCCGGCAGAGCAUCAUCCAUCCAAACACCUGGAGGAGUAUGCGCACAAGCGGCGUCAUGAAUAUACGCCCACGCCAACAACGUUGUCGUGUCCAUCAACGCAACAUGACUCCAUGUUCACGAUCAACUCGGACUAUGAUGCAUAUCUAUUGGAUUUUCCACUGCUGGGCGAUGACUUCUUCUUGUAUUUGGCGCGCAUGGAGCUGAAAUGCCGCUUCAAGAAGUUCGAAAAGGUGCUGCAGUCUGGUCUGUGCAUCUCUGGACAAACCAUAAGUGCUGCACGGCAGCGGUUGCGCCUGGUGGAGCUGCCCGAGAUGACACAAAUUAUUGUUAACAUCGGCUCCGAGGACAUAAUGCGCGGCAGGUCGUUGGUGCAGAUCGAGCACGAUUUCCGUCUGCUAGUGAAGGAGAUGCACAGCCGUAGAUUUGUGCCAGUGCUGACCACCUUGGCACCGCUGGCCAACUGUCGCCACGACAAGCAGACAUGCGACAAGGUGUCCCGAUUCAACAAGUUUAUACGCAGCGAGGGGCGACAUCUCAAAGUGAUUGAUAUACACUCAUGUCUGAUCAAUGAGAAUGGCAUCGUUCGAUUCGAUUGCUUCCAGAACGGGCCACGUAGUGUGACGGGCUCAUCUGAGCCGUAUGUAUUCUGGAACAAAAUCGGACGGCAGCGUGUGCUGCACAUGAUUGAAGAAAACUUGGAGUAUUAUUAGAGCAGAGCUGGACUGGAGGAGGAGUGGUGCCGGUCUGGCACCAGGCACACGUUUUACAACUAUUUCAAAAUUGACGGCACGCUGUUUGCUCUAAUUUUUGUUUUUAAGCCAAAAAUUGAAUUUGGAAUGUUAAUUUUUAAUAUGUUUUAUGUGCGUUUCGUUCUGUGUUAGUCUUUAGUCUGUAAUUCUAUG